UUAGAUCUUUCACACAACAAUUUCUCUGGGUUUAUUCCAAAAUAUUUGGGAACGUUUGAGGGUUUGCAAAAUUUGAAUUUAUCAUUUAAUCAUUUGGAGGGUGAAGUACCAGUAGAAGGAGUCUUUGGAAAUAUGAGCAUGGUUUCAAUCGUUGGAAACAAUAAGCUUUGUGGUGGUAUUCAAGAACUUCAUUUGACAUCAUGUGAGGCUCAAAAGUCAAAAGAAAAUGGUAUGUCUCAUGUUUUGAAGUUGAUAGUCACCAUAUGUGGUUGUGCAGCCUUCCUCUCUAUGAUUAUUAUGAUAUUUUUCUUCAUUAUUUACCAGAGAAGAAAAGAAAAUAAAGAAUCCACAACAUUUUUGAUAGGAGAUCAUCAUUUUAGGAUCUCUUAUACCCAACUCCUUAAGGCUACAAAUGGAUUCUCUUCAGAAAAUUUGAUUGGAGAGGGAAGUUAUGGUUCUGUGUAUGAAGCUGUUCUCUAUCAUGGGGAAAUUUCAGUUGUUGUUGCAGUGAAGGUCCUCAAUACUGAACAAAGAUAUGCUUCCAAGAGUUUCAUAGCAGAAUGUGAAGCAUUUAGAAACAUCCGGCAUCGUAAUCUUGUGAAAAUAUUAACAUCUUGCUCAAGUGUAGAUUUUGAAGGAAAUAAUUUUAUGGCUUUAAUCUAUGAGUUCAUGCCUGGUGGGAAUUUGGAGAGGUGGUUGCAUCCACAUGCAAAUGGUCUACAAGAUGGACCAAGGCCUUUAAAGUUUAUUCAAAGAUUGAAUAUUGCCAUUGAUAUAGCAACAUCAUUGGAAUAUCUUCACCACCAUUGUCAUAUACAAAUUAUUCACUGUGAUAUAAAGCCAAGCAAUAUUCUUCUUGAUGAUGAUUUGACUGCAUAUUUGGGUGAUUUUGGGAUAUCAAAAAUUCUUUCAAAAGCGGCAGGUAGAUCUCAAAAUCAAACUAGUACAAUCGGAAUAAAAGGAUCUAUUGGAUACAUUGCACCAGAGUAUGGUGCAGGUGCUGAUGUUUCAACACAUGGUGAUGUCUACAGCUAUGGAAUUCUCUUGUUAGAGAUGUUCACAAAGAAGCAACCUACUGAUGAAAUGUUCAAGGAUAACUUUAAUCUUCACUGUUGGGCUCAGAUGGCUUUGCAUGAUGGAGUGAUAGCCGACCCAACACUUUUACCCAUGGAGGAAGAUAAAGAAGAGGCAACAAUAACAAUUUCCAACAUCGGUGGAAGUCGAAAAAGCAUGAGGGAUAGAAUGCAAGAAUGCCUUAAUUUAGUUAUCAGAAUUGGAGUUACUUGCUCGACUGAAUCACCAUGGGAUCGAAUGAAUAUGAAUGAUGUGGUCAAAGCACUACAUUUGAUCAAGGACAUUUAUCUUGGAGUUGAUUCUCAAUGAGAAAGAUAAACCAUGAUAAGGGCUAUGAAAUUUGGUUGGUUAUCGU